AUGGAUGCCUUAGAGAUGGAGUGCCAAUGCCCAGCUUGGUUCACUGGUCAUGGAGAGGCAGGGGUCUCUUUCAAAGGAGCCAAUGCCUCAGCACCAGACCAGCUCAGUUUAGCUCUGGCCUGGAACAGAGUGGACAUAGCUCGGAGCCAAAUCUUUAUCUAUGGACAACAGUGGCCGAGGACAGGUCCUGUGUAUGAAGCUUCUAGCAAGCGCAAGUGUGUGGCUUUUUGUCAGCAAUACUCAAGUUCUGUACCACCAAGUGACAAGGGACUUCCUAAGGAUCUGGACAACAAAGAGGAAGAAAUGGAAGAUGAUGGCAUGGUCAACAUUGGCAACAUGUGGAGGGGGCAGGAGGUCAAAGAGGGAUGGUAUGCCAAUAUCAUGGUUACAGAGAACUCCAUUCAUGUCCAGGGCAAUGAAGUGGGCUCCCUUGAGCAGGCCAUGCUUGAUGCUCUAGUUCUGGACCGUGUGGACUUUGUGAAGUUGCUGAUUGAGAAUGGGGUGAGCAUGCAUCGCUUCCUCACUAUCUCCAGGCUCGAGGAGCUCUACAACACCAGACACGGUCCACCAAACACUUUGUACCAGCUGGUCAGGGAUGUUAAAAAGGGUAACCUCCCUCCCGAUUACAGGAUCAGUUUAAUAGACAUUGGACUAGUGAUUGAGAACCUGAUGGGAGGAGCAUAUCGCUGUAAUUACACUCGGAAAAGAUUUCGAACACUGUACCACAACCUGUUUGGUCCAAAAAGGCCCAAGGCUCUGAAACUGCUGGGAAUGGAGGAAGAGCCUCCCAUGCGAAGAGGCAGGAAGACGACUAAGAAGAGGGAGGAAGACAUAGACAUUGACUUGGAUGAUCCAGAGAUCAAUCACUUCCCCUACCCCUUUCAUGAGCUGAUGCUGUGGGCUGUCCUGAUGAAGCGACAGAAGAUGGCAUUAUUUUUUUGGCAGCAUGGUGAGGAGGCUAUGGCCAAGGCGCUUGUCGCCUGCAAGCUCUGCAAAGCCAUGGCCCAUGAGGCCUCUGAAAAUGACAUGGUGGAUGACAUCUCACAAGAAUUAAACCAUAACUCCAGGGAGUUUGCUCAGCUUGCUGUCGAGCUCCUGGACCAGUCAUACAAGCAGGAGGAGCAGAUGGCCAUGAAGUUGCUGACAUAUGAGCUGAAGAACUGGAGUAACUCGACCUGCCUGCAGCUGGCUGUGGCAGCGAAACACAGGGACUUCAUCGCUCACACCUGCAGUCAAAUGCUCCUCACUGACAUGUGGAUGGGAAGGCUCCGAAUCCGGAAGAACUCCAGUCUGAAGGUUAUUCUGGGCAUCUUGUUGCCUCCAUCGAUCCUGAGCCUGGAAUUUAAGAACAAGAAUGAAAUGUCAUACAUGCCACACAGCCAAGAGUCGGCCUUACUGGGGAAGGAAGUGGAGGAGCCUGAGAAACCUGUCAAAGAGAAGGAGGAGGAGGAUAUGGAGUUCACAGCAAUGCUGGAUGGGGUAAAUGGAGAAUCUGUUCGAAAGAAAAAUGAUGAGGAAGUACCAACUGUACAUAGAAUGAUUCCCUUUGGGAGAAAAAUUUAUGAAUUCUACAAUGCUCCGAUUGUUAAGUUCUGGUUUCACACGCUGGCGUACUUUGGCUAUCUGAUGCUUUUUAACUACAUUGUUUUGGUGAAGAUGGAACGAUGGCCAUCAGUGCAGGAGUGGAUUGUCAUCUCUUAUAUCUUCACGCUUGGCAUAGAGAAGAUGCGAGAGAUCCUGAUGUCAGAGCCUGGGAAAUUGUUGCAGAAGGUGAAGGUCUGGCUGCAGGAAUACUGGAAUAUCACAGAUCUCAUGGCUAUCCUGCUUUUUUCUGUUGGGAUGGUGCUACGCCUGCAGGAGCAGCCGUACAUGAGCUAUGGCCGAGUUAUCUACUGCGUCGACAUCAUUUACUGGUACAUUCGCCUAUUAGACAUCUUCGGAGUCAACAAGUACCUGGGGCCUUAUGUCAUGAUGAUUGGAAAAAUGGAAGGAUAUAUUGACAUUGGAGCGAGUGCACUGCUAAUUGACCUAAUUAUACCAGAGUUAAAAGGGUUAAGUUAUGAUGACAGGUUGCAUAGUCCAGGAUUGUAUUCCUUUGAGUUCAGAAAAUUAAGGGAAAUGUCAAAGGGUUAUGGAACCAAGAUGAUCGACAUGAUGUAUUUUGUGAUCAUCAUGCUGGUGAUUUUAAUGAGCUUCGGAGUGGCACGACAAGCAAUUCUUCACCCCAACGAGGACCCUUCCUGGCGGCUGGCGAGAAACAUUUUCUACAUGCCUUACUGGAUGAUCUACGGCGAAGUGUUUGCUGACCAAAUUGACCCUCCCUGUGGGGCUGGUUUGACAGAAGAUGGCAGACCCUUGCCCCCCUGCAUAACUGGAGCAUGGAUCAUUCCAGCUAUAAUGGCCUGUUACCUCUUAGUUGCAAAUAUUUUGCUGGUGAAUCUCCUGAUAGCAGUGUUCAACAACACGUUUUUUGAAGUCAAAUCGAUAUCGAACCAAGUUUGGAAGUUUCAGAGAUACCAGCUUAUUAUGACCUUCCACGAGAGACCCGUCCUGCCUCCUCCACUAAUCACCUUCAGUCACAUGACCAUGGUCUGCCAACUCAUUUGUUGCCGCUGGCGGAAGCAGGAGACUGACCAGGAAGACAAAGAUUAUGGACUCAAGCUCUUCAUUACUGAAGAUGAACUAAAGAAGCUGCAUGAUUUUGAGGAGCAGUGCAUAGAGGAGUAUUUUCGAGAAAAGGACGAUAUGUUCAACUCUUCAAAUGAUGAAAGAAUCAGAGUCACCGCUGAACGGGUCGAUAACAUGUCGAUGAGGCUUGAGGAAGUGAAUGAGAGGGAACAUUUCAUGAAGGCUUCCCUUCAGACCAUGGACGUCAGGUUGGCGCAGCUGGAGGAGGUGACAGGACGCAUGGCAUCCGCCUUGGAAAAGCUGGCUGGCAUGGACAAGGGAGAAGCAGGCAAGGUGAGAUCCAGGACCUCCUCGGACUGCACAGACACAGCCUACAUUCUGAGACAGAGCAGCUUCAACAGCCAGGAAGGGAACAGUUACAAACUCCCAGAGUGUGGGGAGCAGGCAGGAGAGGAGUCCAUCUCUCCCACGUCUCCCAUCAUAACGCCAAGGAUGAGGAGCCACUCCUUUUAUGCGGUGAGCCCAAAGCAAAGGGCAGGAAUGGACCGGACUGAGUUUACCUGCAAGGAAAGGUCCCUGAGUUUGCAGAGGACAAGCAGCUCACAAAUGGUGGCCAUGGCAAAGGAAUUAAAGCCUGGGCCUCCUCCUGCACCCACUCCUGCUCCACCAGAUGAGAAAAGGCCAUCCUCUUGCAUUGACAUCAAUGUCUCAGCGAUGGAGAAGGAGGAGGAGGAGAAAGUUGAGAGCACCUUGAAAGUUCCCACCAGCGUAGGCCCAUCUGAAAUGAUGGUGGUCAUGCUGGGCAGUCAAGGGUCACCUCUGGUUCCUGGUCAGUGGCCAGAGGGGAAUGGGACAUAUGCGGAGAUGCUCAUCUCCAAUGGGCUAAUGACAGCCCCAGAGACUUUGAUGACAGCCCCAGAGACCGUGCAGACAGCUGAAUGCCUCCAGCAAUGGAUCACCGAUCCUCCCAUGUAUCACACCUUGGAGCGCUCGAAGAGUAGCCGCUACCUGGCUGCCUCCAGCCUUUACACAGACGAGUGUCCGAUAGUCAAAUCACACAGUUUUGUCUUCCCAUCUCGGGGUUAUUAUGGCUGCGUGGGGGUUCCUGUGAAAUCAGCUGAGUACACCAGCAUCACUGACUGUAUUGACACCCGUUGUGUCUCUGCACCUCCGCUCAACAUUGAGCACUCGCCCUUGUCCAGUGGCUCGCAUGGUGAGCAUUCGAGUGGCCUGGACGAGGUUUCCACCUCUCACCCAGAGAGGGAAGCUGAACUGAGUCAUCCCAGCUCGGACAACGACGAGAACGAAGGCGAGGGCCAGCUGGACAAGGGGCCGGAGGUGGUCAGCACCCUCCUCGGUGGCCCAAACCAUGCGUCUCCCCUCUCCCGACUGGAGAGAGCAAACAGCUACACAGCCUCAGAGUCUAAUGCACUGGGCUCAGACGCCAGGAAGAGCUGCUCCAUCAGCGACAAACUGGACAGGCAGCGGAACUCCCCUGCGAUUCAAACUCCUUUCCAGCGCAGCCGCUCAUCCAAACCGGACGGCAUAUCCGAGGGCAUCUCCCUGAAAACUUUGGCAAGAACGACAGCUUUUAAAAGCUUUGACAGCAGCAAACACAGCUUCACAUAA